CGCAAGGCCAGGCAGGAUCCUCAGCAGGGGUAGCGCUCAGCUCUGGAGGCACCUUAGGUGGGACCCAGAGAACUCCCAGGGUCAGAACUGGUCCAGCUGACAAGAGCGGAGGAGACACGUCACAUCUGCCAGCAAAGGGGCCCUCUCCGGCCCAGGGGCUUGGACUGCUCACCCCCCACCCCACAUGGUGCCUGAAUCUGAUGGGAAGCUGCAUGAAAGAAUUCACACAAGCAUGAAGCCCUAUGAAUGUGUAGAGUGCGGGAAGAGUUUCAGUAAGAGCUCACACCUUGACACCCAUCACAGGAUCCACGCAGGCGAGAAGCCUUAUAACUGUUCACAGUGCGGAAAGAGCUUCAGUCUUAGAAAGAGCCUUGACACCCAUCACAGGAUCCACACAGGCGAGAAGCCCUAUAAAUGUUUAGAGUGCGGGAAGAGUUUCAAUAAGAGUUCAAACCUUAACAUGCAUCACAGGACCCACACAGGAGAAAAGCCUUAUAAAUGCUUAGUGUGUGGGAAGGGUUUCAGUCGGAGCUCAAGCCUUAACAUGCAUCACAGGAUCCACACAGGAGAGAAGCCUUAUAAAUGCUUAGUGUGUGGAAAGAGUUUCAGUCAGAGUUCACAGCUUAACACACACCACAGGAUCCACACCGGAGAGAAGCCUUAUAAAUGCUUGGAGUGCGGGAAGAGUUUCAGUAAGAGUUCAAACUUUAACAUCCAUCACAGGAUCCACACAGGCAAGAAGCCUUAUAAAUGCUUAGAGUGCGGGAAGAGUUUCAGUAAGAGUUCAAGCCUUGACACCCAUCACAGGAUCCACACUGGCGAGAAGCCUUAUAAAUGCUUACAGUGCGGGAAGAGCUUCAGUCGGAACUCAAACCUUAACACCCAUCAAAAAAUCCACACAGGAGAGAAGCCCUAUAAAUGCACAGAGUGUGGGAAAACUUUCAGUCAGAGCUCAAACCUUAAUGCCCAUCACAGGAUCCACACAGUAGGGAAGCCCUAUAAAUGCUUAGAGUGUGGGAAGACUUUCAGUCAGGGCUCAAGCCUUAGUGCCCAUCACAUGAUUCAUACAGGUGAGAAGCCUUAUAAAUGCUUAGAGUGUGGGAAGGGUUUCACUCAGAGCUCAAGCCUUAACGCCCAUCACAGGAUCCACACAGGGGAGAAGCCCUAUGAAUGCUUAGAGUGCGGGAAGAGUUUCCAUAAGAGCUCACACCUUGACACCCAUCACAGGAUCCACACAGGAGAGAAGCCGUAUACAUGCCUAGAGUGCGGGAAGAGUUUCAGUCAGAGCUCACACCUUGACACCCAUCACAGGAUCCACACAGGAGAGAAGCCGUAUAAAUGCCUAGAGUGCGGGAAGAGUUUCAGUCAGAGCUCAAGCCUUGACGCCCAUCACAAGAUCCACACAGGAGAGAAGCCAUAUAAAUGCCUAGAGUGCGGGAAGAGUUUCAGUCAGAGCUCACAGCUUCACACCCAUCACAGGACCCACACAGGAGAGAAGCCGUAUAAAUGCCUAGAGUGCGGGAAGAGUUUCAGUCGGAGUUCAAACCUUGACACCCAUCACAGGACCCACACAGGAGAGAAGCCGUAUAAAUGCCUAGAGUGCGGGAAGAGUUUCAGUCAGAGCUCAAGCCUUGACAACCAUCACAAGAUGCACACAGGAGAGAAGCCGUAUAAAUGCCUAGAGUGCGGGAAGAGUUUCAGUCGGAGCUCAACCCUUGACGCCCAUCACAGGACCCACACAGGAGAGAAGCCGUAUACAUGCCUAGAGUGCGGGAAGAGUUUCAGUCAGAGCUCAACCCUUGACGCCCAUCACAAGAUGCACACAGGAGAGAAGCCGUAUAAAUGCCUAGAGUGCGGGAAGAGUUUCAGUCGGAGCUCACACCUUGACGCCCAUCACAAGAUGCACACAGGAGAGAAGCCGUAUACAUGCCUAGAGUGCGGGAAGAGUUUCAGUCGGAGCUCAAACCUUGACAACCAUCACAGGAUCCACACAGGAGGGAAGUCCUAUGAAUGCUUAGAGUGUGGGAAGAGUUUCAGUCAGAGCUCACACGUUAACACCCAUCACAGGAUCCACACAGGCGAGAAGCCUUAUAAAUGCCUAGAGUGCGGGAAGAGUUUCAGUCAGAGCUCAAGCCUUGACAACCAUUACAGGACCCACACAGGAGAGAAGCCGUAUAAAUGCCUAGAGUGCGGGAAGAGUUUCAGUCAGAGCUCAAGCCUUGACACCCAUCACAGGACCCACACAGGAGAGAAGCUGUAUAAAUGCCUAGAGUGCGGGAAGAGUUUCAGUCGGAGCUCACACCUUGUCUCCCAUCACAGGAUGCACACAGGAGAGAAGCCGUAUAAAUGCCUAGAGUGCGGGAAGAGUUUCAGUCAGAGCUCACACCUUGACACCCAUCACAAGAUGCACACAGGAGAGAAGCCGUAUAAAUGCCUAGAGUGCGGGAAGAGUUUCAGUCGGAGCUCACACCUUGACGCCCAUCACAAGAUGCACACAGGAGAGAAGCCGUAUACAUGCCUAGAGUGCGGGAAGAGUUUCAGUCGGAGCUCAAACCUUGACAACCAUCACAGGAUCCACACAGGAGAGAAGUCCUAUGAAUGCUUAGAGUGUGGGAAGAGUUUCAGUCAGAGCUCACACGUUAACACCCAUCACAGGAUCCACACAGGCGAGAAGCCUUAUAAAUGCCUAGAGUGCGGGAAGAGUUUCAGUCAGAGCUCAAGCCUUGACAACCAUUACAGGACCCACACAGGAGAGAAGCCGUAUAAAUGCCUAGAGUGCGGGAAGAGUUUCAGUCGGAGCUCACACCUUGUCUCACAUCACAGGAUGCACACAGGAGAGAAGCCGUAUAAAUGCCUAGAGUGCGGGAAGAGUUUCAGUCGGAGCUCACACCUUGUCUCCCAUCAUAAGAUGCACACAGGAGAGAAGCCGUAUAAAUGCCUAGAGUGCGGGAAGAGUUUCAGUCGGAGCUCAACCCUUGACGCCCAUCACAGGACCCACACAGGAGAGAAGCCCUAUGAAUGCUUAGAGUGCGGGAAGAGUUUCAGUCAGAGCUCACACGUUAACACCCAUCACAGGAUCCACACAGGCGAGAAGCCUUAUAAAUGCCUAGAGUGCGGGAAGAGUUUCAGUCAGAGCUCAAGCCUUGACAACCAUCACAGGACCCACACAGGAGAGAAGCCGUAUAAAUGCCUAGAGUGCGGGAAGAGUUUCAGUCGGAGCUCAAGCCUUGACACCCAUCACAGGACCCACACAGGAGAGAAGCCGUAUAAAUGCCUAGAGUGCGGGAAGAGUUUCAGUCAGAGCUCAAGCCUUGACAACCAUCACAGGACCCACACAGGAGAGAAGCCGUAUAAAUGCCUAGAGUGCGGGAAGAGUUUCAGUCGGAGCUCAAGCCUUGACACCCAUCACAGGACCCACACAGGAGAGAAAAUUCUCACAGGCAUGAAGCCCUAUGAAUGCUUAGAGUGCGGGAAGAGUUUCAGUCAGAGCUCAAACCUUGACACCCAUCACAGGAUCCACACAGGAGAGAAGCCGUAUACAUGCCUAGAGUGCGGGAAGAGUUUCAGUCAGAGCUCACACCUUGACACCCAUCACAGGAUCCACACAGGAGAGAAGCCGUAUAAAUGCCUAGAGUGCGGGAAGAGUUUCAGUGAGAGUUCAAGCCUUCACGCCCAUCACAGGACCCACACAGGAGAGAAGCCGUAUAAAUGCCUAGAGUGCGGGAAGAGUUUCAGUCAGAGCUCAAGCCUUGACAAACAUCACAGGACCCACACAGGAGAGAAGCCGUAUAAAUGCCUAGAGUGCGGGAAGAGUUUCAGUCGGAGCUCAACCCUUGACGCCCAUCACAGGAUCCACACAGGAGAGAAGCCGUAUACAUGCCUAGAGUGCGGGAAGAGUUUCAGUCACAGAUCACACCUUGUCGCCCAUCACAGGACCCACACAGGAGAGAAGCCGUAUACAUGCCUAGAGUGCGGGAAGAGUUUCAGUCAGAACUCACAGCUUCACACCCAUCACAGGACCCACACAGGAGAGAAGCCGUAUAAAUGCCUAGAGUGCGGGAAGAGUUUCAGUGAGAGCUCAACCCUUGACGCCCAUCACAGGAUACACACAGGAGAGAAGCCGUAUACAUGCCUAGAGUGCGGGAAGAGUUUCAGUCAGAGUUCAAACCUUGACACCCAUCGCAGGAUCCACACUGGUGAGAAGCCGUAUAAAUGCCUAGAGUGCGGGAAGAGUUUCAGUCACAGCUCAAGCCUUGACACCCAUCACAGGACCCACACAGGAGAGAAGCCGUAUAAAUGCCUAGAGUGCGGGAAGAGUUUCAGUCGGAGCUCACACCUUGUCUCCCAUCAUAAGAUGCACACAGGAGAGAAGCCGUAUAAAUGCCUAGAGUGCGGGAAGAGUUUCAGUGAGAGUUCAAGCCUUCACGCCCAUCACAGGACCCACACAGGAGAGAAGCCGUAUAAAUGCCUAGAGUGCGGGAAGAAUUUCAGUCAGAGCUCAGGCCUUGACAACCAUCACAGGACCCACACAGGAGAGAAGCCGUAUAAAUGCCUAGAGUGCGGGAAGAGUUUCAGUCGGAGCUCACACCUUGUCUCCCAUCAUAAGAUGCACACAGGAGAGAAGCCGUAUAAAUGCCUAGAGUGCGGGAAGAGUUUCAGUCGGAGCUCACACCUUGUCUCCCAUCAUAAGAUGCACACAGGAGAGAAGCCCUAUGAAUGCUUAGAGUGCGGGAAGAGUUUCAGUCAGAGCUCACACGUUAACACCCAUCACAGGAUCCACACAGGCGAGAAGCCUUAUAAAUGCCUAGAGUGCGGGAAGAGUUUCAGUCAGAGCUCAAGCCUUGACAACCAUCACAGGACCCACACAGGAGAGAAGCCGUAUAAAUGCCUAGAGUGCGGGAAGAGUUUCAGUCGGAGCUCAAGCCUUGACAACCAUCACAGGACCCACACAGGAGAGAAGCCGUAUACAUGCCUAGAGUGCGGGAAGAGUUUCAGUCGGAGCUCAAGCCUUGACACCCAUCACAGGACCCACACAGGAGAGAAGCCGUAA